UUUGUAUAUAUAUAUAUAUAGGAUCGACAUUCAUGUAUAACUUGUAUAUCUAUUUUCUUUACGUAUCUGCUUCGCAACAUGUAUAUUUAUCAAAUUUUUGGUAAUUGUGAAAAAUAGUGUACAGGUCUGCAUGCAAUCGCUACGGACUACGGUUGCUCUGUUGAACUCAUUGUUAAUUUGCGUUAACGUGAUUAUUUACAACAUUAAUAACAUUUGCUUCAAUUUGACUGAGUUUAAGGUUUUUCCUUUCUUUCUUUUCUAAUAUUCAGCUUCGGGUUUGAUCAUGGAGGCGAGGAGGUCAGGAAACUUUGAAGCCAGUGUCUGGGAUGACGAUUACAUUCAGUCCCUCACAAGUCCAUACACGGGGAAUAAAUACGUAGGUGAAGUUGAGAAGCUGAAAAAUCAGGUGGAAAUAAUGAUAGACGAAACCGCAGAUGAGGCAGACCAACUUGAGCUUAUCAAUAAUCUGCAGAGGCUGGGUUUAUGUAACCACUUUAAGGAUGGAAUAGCAAAGAUGUUAGACAACAUUUCUAAGGCGGAAGAUGACGAAUACAUGGAAAAGGACUUGCACGUCACAGCUCUCAAAUUCAGACUUCUUCGGCAAAGUGGAUAUCAUGUUCCUCAAGAGGUUUUCUGUAGUUUCAUGGACGAUGUAGGGAAUUUCAAGGCCUCCGUAUGUGAAGACGUGAGAGGAGUGGUAUCUCUAUAUGAAGCUUCGUAUUUAUCCAUGGAAGGGGAAAGCAUACUGGAUUUAGCCAAAGAUUUCUCACUGAAUAAUCUUAGUGGAAGAAUCGACCAAAUUAGAGAGGCGGAUGUAGCUGAGCAAGUGAGGCAUGCUUUGGAGGUUCCAUUACACUGGAGAGUGGAGAGGCUAGAAGUCAUAUGGUUCGUAGAAGCGUACGAGAGUCGAUCUGACGCAAACCUUACCCUGCUGGAGCUAGCUAAAUUGGCUUUCAACGUGCUACAGGCAACACACCAGCAAGAGCUCAAACUUAUAUCAAGGUGGAGUGAGGAAACCGGUCUGGCGGAAAAGUUGGGGUUUGCGAGGCACCGAUUGGCAGAGUGCUUCUUGUGGUCUCUGGGAUUUGUACCGGAGCCUCAUCUUGGAGAAUCCAGGGAAAUUAUGACCAAGGCUGCGGUGUUGGUCACCUUACUCGAUGAUAUAUACGAUAUAUAUGGAACAUUUGAAGAACUCCGAUUGUUCACCCACACAGUCGAGAGGUGGGAUAUUAAUUCGCUGGACAGCCUUCCAGAAUAUAUGCGGAUUUUCUUUUUAGCUCUCUUCAAUUCCGCGAAUGAAUUGGCUUAUCGCAUUAUGAGAGACCAAGGUCCCAACAUUAUCUCAAAUAUAAGGAGAAUGUGGGUAGAUUUGUGCAAAGCUUACCACUUGGAAGCGAUAUGGUUUCACAGCGGUUAUGUGCCAACCACAGAAGAGUACCUGAGUACAGCAUGGGUUUCCAUUUCGGGUCCUCUAAUUCUUGUUUACGGUUACUUGUCAACAAAUCCAAUAAACAAGAAGGAACUGCUGAGCCUAGAGCAGCAUCCUGGUAUCAUUCGCUGGCCAUCCAUGAUUUUUCGUCUCACAGAUGACUUGGGAACUUCAUCCGAUGAAAUGAAACGAGGGGAUGUUCCGAAGAUAGUCGAGUGCUACAUGAAGGAAACAGGAUGCUCUGAGGAGGAUGCUCGCAAGCAUGUAAAGCAUUUGAUGGAGGCGGCAUUUAAGCGGAUGAACAAAGAGAUACUAAUGGAGAAGCCCUUGAAGAAUUACGGCCUUACUGCCAUGAAUCUUGGACGAAUGUCUUUCUGCAUGUAUCAAUAUGGUGAUGGCUUCGGAAUUCCCCAUUCCCAAACCAAGAAAAAUUUGGUCUCGCUCCUCGUUCGCCCUAUGCCCUCAAUUUCUUAGCAGCUCAUUUAAAAUAUACUCAACCAAAUAAGGAAGGAGAAUCCUUAUGGGAACUCUAUUUCAAUCCAUUGAAUACGUACUUUACAUAUUUUCUAGUCAUGCUCUCUUGUCGCGUGAAUUAAGCAACCAUCUUUUAUACUAUG